AUGUCUUAUCCAGGAUAUCCUCCUUAUGGCCGGCCACCACCACAGCCACAAGGGGGCUACUAUCAACAACCGCCUCCCCAACAGUAUGGUGCCCCGCCGCCGCCACAGGGCCAAUACUAUCAGCAACCUCCUCCUCAAGGUUACGGGCAGCAAGCGCCGCCUCCCCAGCCGUACGGGUCUCCUGCAGCCCAACCCUACGGUGUCCCGCCUCCCCAGCCAUAUGGCGCCCCUCCCCCGGCCGGCCAGUACUAUCCUCCACCACAACAAGGAGCAUACGCCUCACCGCCGCCUCCUCCGCAGCAGUAUCCGCAACAAUAUGGUGCUCAACAAGGAUACGCGCAGCCGCCACCACCUCAACCCUAUGGGCAAUCAAUGCAGCAGCCCUACGGACAGGCCCCUCCGCAGCAAUAUCCCCAGUAUGCCCAACAGUAUCCCCCGACGCCUCCGUCACCCGGGUACGGUCCCCCUCAGAUUAUUGCCUGGAACGGCGAUGCGGACGCCAACGCGCUGAGGUCGGCCAUGAAGGGAUUUGGGACGGACGAGAAAGCCUUGAUACGCAUUCUGGCAACCAAAGAUCCCUUGCAGAUAGCAACGAUCAACCAAGCCUAUUCACGACUCCACCGCCGUGAUCUCCUGAAGGACAUCAAAAGCGAAACCCGGGGUGAUCUGGAAGCCGGGCUUGUCGCGCUCGUCCGGGGGCCUCUUCAAAAUGACGUCCACCAGCUGCGCGAUGCCAUGGCCGGUCUCGGCACCAAAGAGCACGUCCUCAACGAUAUCCUACUUGGUCGAUCAAACGCAGAUUUGAACGCCAUUAAGAGUGAAUACCAACGAACCUUCAACCGACGGCUUGAGGACGACGUAAAGGGCGAGCUGAGUAUGAAGACGGAGCGGCAUUUCAUGAUUGUCCUCGGGGCUCAGCGUGCAGAGGACUCGGCCCCGGUCAUCAAGGCCGACAUCGAUCGUGACGUGAGCGAUCUGUACAAUGCCACCGAGGGCAAGAUUGGCACGGACGAGAUGAAGGUGUGCAGCAUCUUGAGCCUGAGAAACGACAACCAGAUUCGCGCCAUCGCGCACGAGUACAAGCAGAAAUAUGCCCGGAAUCUCGAAGAUGUCAUUCGCAAGGUGAGCAAAGCACCGGACCGCACCGCACCCCUGGAGGAGCUGCGAGGUGGUCAAUUAUCGCAAAACGGAGCUAACGAAUUCUCCGGUCACAUGGAAGACGCUCUGCUGUAUCAGCUCCGCACGGCCGUCGACAAGUAUAUGCACCAUGCCCAACUCCUGGAGGAGACCAUGGCCGGCGCGGGUACUCGAGACGCCCUCCUAAUCAGCCGAGUUGUCCGGUUCCAUUGGGAUCAGAACCAUAUGGCCAACGUCCGCGCAGCGUAUGAGAGACGAUACAGAACGCGGCUGGCACAGAGAAUCAGGGGUGAAACGAGCGGUGACUACGAACGGCUGCUGCUCGCAUGCAUUGGGGAAGGCUUCUAA